AUGUUUGCGGUGGAUGGUGGGAAUGAAGUCCAAAUUCUUUAUGCCGAGCAGGCUAUCAUUGGCAACAGCGGUUCGUUGACGGGUAUGUAUCAGCUUCAAGCUGCAUUCAAGGCAAUUGUCGACUGGAUGGAGGGGCCGUUCAAGACGUGGAUUACCCAAGUUCUUACAAGGGCAUUGGCACAGCCAUGA